AUGAGCAAAAUCGGCCACUAUGUUCAUAGUAAACAUGGCUUAAUGAGAUUUAUAGAUCCAGCUGAUAUUGGAAGACUGCUAUCAUGUCNUGUUCUGUCUACUAUAGAACAUUACGCAGAAUUUGCCACCGGAACACUUUUUUGGAUGGAAAUUGUCUUGGUGGUCUUUUUUGGUGCUGAAUACACGGUGAGGCUCUGGUCUGCAGGUUGCAGAAGCAAAUAUGUUGGUAUCAAAGGCCGCAUACGUUUUGCCAGGAAGCCGAUAUCGAUAAUAGAUCUCAUAGUUGUGAUAGCUUCAAUUAUUGUUCUGAGUGUGGGAUCAAAUGGACAAGUGUUUGCUACCUCUGCAAUAAGGGGAAUCCGGUUUCUUCAGAUCCUUCGCAUGCUUCAUGUAGACCGACAAGGUGGGACUUGGAGACUCUUGGGGUCUGUGGUAUUCAUCCAUCGCCAGGAACUCAUAACUACCCUGUACAUUGGGUUCCUGGGCCUAAUCUUCUCAUCCUAUUUUGUCUAUCUUGCUGAGAAAGACGCUGUGGAUGAAGAGGGACGAACUGGAUUCUCCAGCUACGCUGAUGCUCUCUGGUGGGGAGUGGUAAGUCUUGUUCUCUGGAUAUCAUAG